UGAUUACCCACAACGUUGGCAAAGAGCAGCCAUCACUAUAGCGGUCUUAUCAGUGGCCAAAACGCGCUUCUUGUUCAUCCGCUCUGCAUUUCCCGUCGGGGAAAAACAUCAGGCGCUCACUGUCCCUAUCAGCUGGCACCAAACGCGAUGGCAAGCAUUUCUCCUGGCCAAAUAUAGCAAUGCUAGAGUUACACACAUGGCGAUGUGUGUAUACCGCACAUUCUGCGAGUGCCGAUGCUUGGCGAGACAUCGAGGGACACUUUCCUGUCGCACGGCCGACACGGGUGGCACAUUCUUCCUCAAAUCGUCGUGUCUUUACGGACUCAAUAGCACCGAUUCCGACGACGGUAAAACCACCGUACGCCUGAGGUGCUCCCCGCGGGACUAUGUAGGCCGGUGGCCCGAUGCUCCCUCUCUCCUUGCUGGUCCAGCGAGAUCCUUUCGGCACAUCGAGGAUGGGGUGCGUUCAGAGCAGUGCUGGGUGUAACCGCUGCCCUGCUUGUAAAUUCAAGGUUUCAGUGACUGACCUGCACGCUUCUAUUGACACCACACCGACGAUCAUAGAGGAGUACUCAGACGUUGUGUUGAAGUACCGCACGCCUUACUUCAGGGCGUCCGCUAAGGUAACGGUGCCGCCAAUCCGCCGGGCCGGGAGAUGGGCCGUGGGGUGGAUACAAGCCUGUACGCACAUGGAAUUCUUCAACACGUACGGGAACAUGGGCACUUCCAGUUGGGAGAUACCAUCUCUGAAGACAGGGGAGUACAAGAUGAUCAGUGAUUCUGAUGGAGUGCUGUAUCCCUGGUACGGCGCUACCACGGAGGUGGCCGUAGUGGAAGGUCCCACGCACAGUCCGCUGAAGGUAGAACUCAGUAUGAACGACAAUUUCUACCCCUCCGUGACGUGGGACACCCCCGUCAGCAGUGGUAACUUCCCACAUUUGACCCGGAUAACACGUGACCAGGGCUUCACCACUUGGUUGGCUGUUAUGAAUCUGGACUCGGGAGAGGUGCGUCCGCUUAGGACUAUCAAGUGGAGAAUGAGGCUGCAGAUCGAGGUGGAACCGCUAGAGGACGCUGGCAAGCGGGCCCGUCUGAUCGGCACGGGAAAACAAGAGCAACCGUACAUUCUGACAAACAACCAGCCGAUCCCGGAGACGGCGCUGAGGAAACCGAACGCGAAUGACGCGCAGAUGCUGGUGUGGAGGCCGCAGAAGGGCCCGCCUGUCGUGGUCGUGCCUCCCAAGGCGCAGCGAUGACGCCAGCUGUUCGGCCAUGCCGGUCUCGCCGCUGCCAGUGCCCGGGGAUUGCCUGCCCCACCCACUCUCGAGUCCAUUAUCGAAGAUUCAGAAGAAAAUUUAGACGAAGAAACUGAUUUGUAACAUCAGCUACGUCUGUAAAAGUGAAGUCCCGGACUAUGCAAAUCUUCUCACCCCAAGAACCAGCUUUACAUGAAUCUUGUACGCAAAACAUUCAAAUCUCAAUUUGAGGCAACUUUGUUGCAAUUCUGUCACCUUACAAAUCAAAUGAUGUGGGUAAACCCCGAAAUAUAUAAGGGUACGUUCUGAGUACCCUACCGGCUUUUUAAAACCGGAGGCAGCAGGCAUUGUGGGAAAAUCAACAUCCGGCAUGGCCAGAACAAAACAUGGCGGACAUCUCAAGAAAAGGCUGUUAUAUUAUGAAUUGAUGAAAUGGAUCGUGCUAGCAUGGCCAUAUGUUGUACAUUCUUACGCUCUCAAUAGGAGUGUUACCUGAAAAUAUACUGACUCUGAAGAAUGUACAAAUACUCUGAAUGGUGUGCAAAUAUGAAUUAUCAUCAGUGUUAACUCUGAUUUGCAACGUAUUAUAUGCAACGUCUUUGAUGCAACAAACCUCGGUGAGGAAUACUUAUUUAUUUUACUUGUUGAUGCAGUGUCUCAGAAUUGUACGAGGAAAGGAGGGCACUAUCUGUAAGUUUUUGUGUGCUUCCAUACUCGACCCAAACUAAAACAAGACUCACCAAAAUAUCCCCUUUCUCAGGUUUUAGCGCAUUGUCGGAAUACAGAGGAAAAUGGAUUGAUGUAGUCCAUGAUGUAACGAAGAACUGUAUUCUUGCUUUCAUGUGCCCGACUAACUUGCCUUAAAGAUAUCACAAUGCCUUGUGUACGCGGUUAAGACAUUGUUGUUCACAAUGUGCCGUAUUUGACACAGGUAGUUUAAAACGGCAUUGUGAUUGUCAUUGUCAUUGAUAGGAGGAACCUGGUAGUGUGUUGCCCACUGGUAGUGUUUUGUCUGUGCUCAAUGUGUCAAAUUGUCCCUAAAGCCAUUGCUACGCAAAUGCAGGAUGCAAUAACAUAUUAUUUAAUAGUCAAGAAUAAUCUACAGUACUCGAACAGGCAGUGAUUGAACUGAGUUGGGUAGAGUUUUCGAGAACUGUAUAUCUGUAUUGUGAAUCAAGCGGAUGUUUGGGAUAUGUUUUGUAAGAAACGAGACAAUAGUCUAGAUCUUUGAUAAUGCUACCUAUUGUUAUAUUUCUUUACAAAUGAUGGUUUAGAAUAGAGUUCAAGUAGUACAGCGACCACAUCCAUAUGCGCCUGUUGGCCCUCCAGCUGAAGAAUGACGCAAUACUCUUGCUUCUAAUCUCGAUGGGUGCCUCCAUAUUCUCUGACGCUUAACAUUGGACCAUCCCCGCACGCAUGGUCAUCCCCUCUGACACUUAGCAACGAACCAUCCCUUUGCACAAUCUGAUGACAUCCAGAUGACGUGUGCUUGACGUAAUUGCGGGUCACCAUCUGACUGUAGAUGUUACAAAUGACGUGAAACAGAAAGAACUAUCGUAGUUCCAUUAUGCUCAGCGAUCAAUGUUGUUUUGAUGCAUGAAUCGUCCACAUUAAGCGACGCCAUUUGGGUCAUAACAUCCUAACUUAUCACAGCAUGGCGAUUGGAACAAGGAGCGUGAUGAAAAUGUCCUUGAAUUGACUUCUAAGAAAUCACAUUGCAGUGAGCCCAUAUGGUUUACUAGUUUUAUGGUAGUGAUUGUCGAUAUUUGAACUUGCAACUUGUAUAGAAAGGCUUUGCAUGCAUAUGACUCAGUUUAGUCAAGAUGUCGAUUGGGGCUAGAAGCAAUAUAGAUAAAUCAUAACGUAUGUUUGUUUGUUGAUUUAUUUAUUUCAAAUGUAUUUAUUCAUCAUGGAACUGGUACUCAUUGUGGAAACAUGUGUAUCUAAAUUUGUACCUAUAUGUAACGUUACCCAUCACAAUAUGUCCUUAACUACCGUGACAAAUUUGCUUUCAAUUAUCAUGAUUUUAACCAUUACUUUAGAUGAAUUUGCUUGCUGGUAUUGACAAUGCAAGCUGUUAUUAAGGCUGUGUCUGUGCAAUAUUGUUAUGUAGAAUUUUGUUGAAGUUAAGCCUACUUGGUACAAAAAUACCGUGAAUGGCUCCAAACUUUACACAAAUGGAAAAAUGUCGAAUUUGAACUUCGCACAAUAUGAUUUCUGUAGUAGUGUCUGUGACUUAUAUAAUCAAAAUACAUCGUCAUACAGUUGGAAAUUGCAGGAUACAGUAUUUACUAAUACUCAUACAUAGGCUUUAGAAAGUGUACAUCGAAUGCAAUAUGAAUGAUUUGAAUUUUGACUUUUGUUUCAAGACUUUUUCAGAUACACAAUGUUUCAAAGACUGUGAACUAUUUAAUUUUUUUAUUGCAGUAUUUAUAAGUGUAUAGAGUAUGCCGUUUUCUUAUCCAUGAAAUAUACCACUUCCCAAGGUGCCAUACGACCUGUCUAUGUAAAAAGCUCUCAAUGAUUCGAAGGGCACAGUAGUUGUCAUUGAUAUGCUAAUGAAUUUGUCUAUAGGCCUGUAGUUUUAUUUUUAAGAAUUCGAGAAUGUACCAGGCAUAUAUUCAUACCACAGUACACACACAAAGCCUGAUAAAUGCGUGUUAAAUUGUGUAAUUAAAUGACGUGUGUUGCAAGAAUACGGUGCUAAAAUGUAUGAAUAUCCAGGAAAGAAUGUACAUACAAAUCCAGUUUGGUUUGAUUUUGAUGCAGUAAAUGCUGACAAAUACCUGUAGUCACGUGUGUGGCUUGUUUAGAAGUGUGGUUUUAGCUGGACCCUUUUUUUGUUGGACUUAGAAAAAUGGUGCUACGUGAAAUAUAGUUUUCUUUUGGUC